AUGUCUCGUCUUCGCGAUCCAGCCUACGUCUCUAAGGCAAAGCAUCGAUGGGGUGUUCAUAUAAUGAGAGGGACAAAUGACAGAUGUACACUAAGAACUCUGAUGAAUCCCUCGUGGAGCAAAACGCCUUUGGGGGAGGCCAUGAGGUGGGCUGACGUGUUCGUUGCACGGACGGACCAGCUGAAUUCUCAGCUGGUAACGAGUAAGGAUCUGGACCUCGCGAACGUCGUCGUCGCAGUUUAA